AUGGACAUAGGGCACAGGAACAUGGAGGAUUCUUAUCAGGAGUCUGCUGAUCCCAGUUUUGAGUGGGACUCUGCUGAGUCUGACACCGAGAGCCUGGCUCAGGAAAGGGCCUAUCAACAGGAGCUGCAAUGGAACAUCAACCAGAUCUCUCCAGGGGAAAGGGCUGGUUUCAACAACAAUGUCAACGCCUCGCUCAAAACAACAGAUUCUGCUGUUGACGAUGAAGAUAUGUGGGUCUUGGACAGCCUAGAAAUGUCCAAUUCCAAAUUCAUGUCGAAGAACUCUAUCCUGGGACGAGGUAAAGGACUGGUGCAUCAAAUACAUGGGAACACAAACAGGUAG